CCCGCCGUUACCCCGGCGACGCCGCCGCCGUGGGAGCGCGGAGUGCGGGCCCGGCCGCAAGAUGAUGCUCUCCCGGGCCAAGCCGGCCGUGGGGGGUACCCCGCCGCCGGGAGACAGACGGAGGAAGAAAGGGAAGGAGGUGCCGCAGCUGGAAGAACUCUUGGCCCAGAGGGACUUUACCGGCGCGAUCGCCUUGCUGGAGUUUAAACAGCAAGUGGGUGAGCAGGAGGAGGAUGCCAGCCUUUGGAUUGGAUACUGUGCAUUUCAUUUGGGUGACUACAAGAGAGCUCUGGAGGAAUAUGAGGCCUUAACCAAACAACCAAAUUGCAAUCCAGAUGUUUGGGUGAACCUUGCCUGUACGUACUUCUUUCUGGGGAUGUACACGCAAGCAGAACAAGCAGCUUUGAAAGCACCGAAGAGUAGUCUCCAGAACCGUCUGCUCUUUCACUUGGCACAUAAGUUCAAUGAUGAAAAGAAACUGAUGAGCUCUCACCAGAAUCUGCAAGAUAUUACAGAAGAUCAGCUUAGCUUGGCAUCUAUCCACUACCUGCGGGCCCACUACCAAGAGGCAAUUGAUAUCUACAGGCGCAUUCUACUGAAGAAUCGGGAAUACCUGGCUCUGAAUGUAUAUGUUGCCCUAUGCUAUUACAAACUGGAUUACUAUGAUAUAUCACAGGAAGUGCUAGCAGUUUAUCUUCAGCAAGUUCCUGACAGCACCAUUGCUCUUAACCUUAAGGCUUGUAACCAUUUCCGACUUUACAAUGGGAAGGCUGCUGAGGCAGAGCUCAAGAACUUGACUGACAAUGCCUCAUCAUCUUUUGAAUUUGGCAAGGAGCUCAUUAAGCACAAUCUGGUGGUUUUCCGAGGAGGAGAGGGGGCUUUGCAGGUCCUGCCUCCACUGGUUGAUGUUAUUCCUGAGGCAAGACUGAAUCUUGUGAUUUACUAUCUCCGGCAAGAUGAUGUGCAGGAGGCUUAUAACCUGAUUAAGGACCUGGAACCUUCAGCUCCACAGGAGUACAUCCUCAAAGGAGUCGUAAAUGCAGCACUUGGACAAGAACUUGGCUCAAGAGAUCAUCUGAAAAUUGCUCAGAAGUUCUUCCAGUUGGUUGGGGAAUCAGCCAGCGAAUGUGAUACCAUUCCAGGGAGACAGUGCAUGUCCUCCUGCUUCUUUCUUCUCAGACAGUUUCCUAAUGUCCUAAUUUACCUCAACUCAAUCAAGAGUUACUUCUACAACAAUGACACUUUUAAUUUCAACUAUGCCCAAGCCAAAGCUGCAACAGGCAAUUUUAAAGAGGCUGAAGAGGUGUUCCUUUUGAUCCAGAGUGAGAAGAUAAAGAGUGAUUUUGUUUACCUUAGAUGGCUAGCUCGCUGCUAUAUUAUGAAUAAGAAACCACAGUUGGCCUGGAAACUCUAUCUGAAGAUGGAAACCUCAGGGGACUCCUUUAACCUAUUGCAGCUCAUUGCAAAUGAUUGCUACAAAAUGGGUCAAUUUUACUAUUCAGCCAAAGCGUUUGAUGUUCUGGAGAGACUGGACAAUAAUCCUGAAUACUGGGAAGGCAAGAGAGGUGCAUGUGUGGGUGUAUUUCAAAUGAUCUUAGCUGGCCGAGAAGCAAAAGAGACUCUGCGGGAAGUACUGCAUCUUCUGAAGAGCACUGGUAAUUCUCAAGUAGAAUACAUUGUCCGCAUCAUGAAAAAGUGGGCCAAGGAGAACAGAGUCCCUGUUUAAGUCGGUACCACAAAAUAAACUGGGCAUCAAGGCAAGAGUUUUUCAGAUCUGUAAAAUGCUAAGUCCUAUGCAAGACUAGAAAUCAGCAUGCCACUAAGAAAUAACUCAGUCUCUUAAAACUGUGAGGAAGAAUUCAGGUAAGAAUAGGCUGUACAAUUACUUACCGAUGUCAGGGGUAAUUCUUUUAAGGUCAGAAAAACAACAUUUGAAAUAAAACUGUUAUACAGAAAAUGCAGCUUGUUUUCACAAGCAAUUCUGAUAUGUACCAUCCACUCUAUUCUUAAAAUCGUCACUGCUUUUGCUGAUAUUCUACAUGUGUUUUAAUAUGCUCAAAAAACUUUACAUUUCAUAUGUCCUCUCAAAAUACAACUUGAGGUGGGAAUAGUUUUAU